CAUCUCCCGGCUUAAAUGUCAAUUCGUGCUCUGUACUUAUUAAUGUUACGAAUUUAUAUUUAAUUAUAAAAUAUUUUAAGCAAAUUAAUCUCAUAGUAAAUAAUCGAUUUCUGCGAAGAUUCAUCAAUUCAAUUACAAUAUAUUCCAAUUCCAUCAUCGUACAUAAAUUCAAGUGAAAAUCUCAAAAAAUGAAAAACGUUUUGGAUGUCAUGUCGUUGCAGCAGCACGUGGAAACGAGCAAAGCCCAAAAUAUGAAGCCCAUUGAUUAUCGCAAGUCCACUAAACCUGGCCUAGUGCCACUUUACAUCUUCGAGUGUGCUGCCAAGCUCAAGAUGAAGCCACUGACUGCCGCAUGUGCUGCCAUUGUUUAUCAUCGUUUCUUCAAAGAGGUCAAAGCUAGCGAUUAUGAUGAGUUCCUGAUUGCCGCCUCAUCAUUGUAUUUAGCUGGGAAGAUCAAAGACGACGAUACAGUGAAAAUUCGCGAUGUCAUCAACGUGGCAUACAGCACUUUGAACCGCGGAAGUGCGCCUCUGGAUCUAAAUGAUGAAUACUGGGCCAUGCGGGACGCCAUUGUCCAAGCCGAACUGCUCAUCACGCGUACUCUCAGCUUCGACCUAAACAUUGAGCUGGCACACAAGUAUUUACUUUACUACAUGAAGACAUUGCAGGACUGGGUGGGCGCCGAUGUGUGGAACUCAGUGCCAAUUGCCAAGACUGCCGCCUCCUACUUGCAGGACUUCCAUCACAGUCCCAACAUCCUGAAAUACAAGCCCACACACGUGGCAAUCGGUUGCCUCUCCUUGGCACUGCAGACAUAUGGUGUGCAGGUGCCACUAACUGAUGAGUCCGAUGAGGCUUGCAUGUGGUAUAAGCCACUGGUUAAGGACUUUACCAGGGAGAAUCAGUGGGAGAUCAUCGAGGAUGUCAUUGAAGUGUACAAACAUGAGGCGUCGUUGAAGGCCACUUAAGACUAAAAUCCCAUAACAUAAAUUUUG